AUGAACUUCUCCGAUUGCCCCUUCUCUCUCUCUAGCCUCUUCUGCCCCGAAGACGGCACCCACAUUGCUGCCGACGACGAAGAAGAUGACGAACUCAGCAACCUCAACAUCUUCUUCACCGAUUCUUCCCUCUCCCAAGCAGACGACGAGUACAUUGGCACUCUCGUCUCCAAAGAGAGCUCUUUUCUCUGCGAUGACCUCUGUACAUCGGAAACUUCUCUGCUCCGCGACAGAUCCGAAUCCGUCCGCUGGAUCCUCAAAAUGAAAUCCUGCUUCCGAUUCAGUUCUCAGACCGCUUACCUCGCAGUAACUUAUAUGAACCGGUUCUUCGCCCGGCGGACAAUCGAUGAAGGGAAGAACUGGGCAACGAAGCUUUUGUCAGUGGCUUGUUUAUCCUUGGCUGCAAAGUUGGAGGAGUGCUCGCCGCCAUUGUUGUCUGAGUAUUGCUUAGAAGAUUACUGGUUCACUAGCGAAUCGAUUAUGAGAAUGGAGCUCCUCGUUUUGGAUACGCUGGAAUGGAAACUAAACUCAGUGACGCCAUUUGCCUACCUUUGCUAUUUUGCAUCAAAGUUUAAUUUUGAUCAUUGCUCCAAGGAUCUAUUCUCUAAGGCCAUUUCAUUCAUUUUUGAUAUUCUUCAAGCUAUGAACUUGAUGGAUUACCGCCCUUCAGCAAUAGCUGCGGCGGCCAUUUUGGCUGCAUCAGGUGACGAGGUAACAGAGAAACUAUUGAAGUCUAAGAUGCGCUCAGUCUCCCUGUCAGAAUCUUUCGAAGUAGAGCAGGUUUUCUCCUGCUACAAUGCAAUGAUUCAAGAGUCCAUCAAGAAGGAGAAAAUUAGACCCAUAAAAUCUUCAUUUUCAGUACAUGUAUCAGAAAAUUGUUCUAAGCGCAGAAAAAUGAAUUGA